AUGGAGCGUGUUGAUCCUUCUCCAAGAGCCGUGCGUAAAAGUGAGUGGUUGCGGAGCGCGCUGGCCCACCAUCACCGGCCUGACCCAGGGGUGGACAAUGAAAUCGUCGUCCUCGCUACAGGCAUAGAUCAGUAUCUCCAGGAGGUCUUCCACCAUCUGGCUUAUUCCCACCGGGAUGAUACAGUGAGCGCUGAAGACUUCACGGCUCUGUGCGCAGUGCUGGGGAUAAGUGAGGCGACUCAAGCUGAGAGGGAUGAGGAAUAUAUGCAUGUGUGCGCGGAAUUGCCAUCGCAACUCUCCUUCAAAGACUUUCACGCGCGUCUCUGUGGGUACUUUCGAGUCCGCUGUGCGCGCAAAGGCAAUGGCGAGUGCGCGUGGCGUGUGCCCGUCACUGAGGACACUGAGCUCGUGGAGAGAAAUAUUCGACUGAGGUGGCCACGACCAAGACGUAAAAAGUGUGUGAGUUUUGACUUGACAAGCGAUCAGUUUGGAAGUGCGAGAGCCCCGAGAGGCACGAGCGCGGAGCAGGCAGUGUCGAUCAGUGUCCUGUCUGCAGAUGAGACAGCUGCUCUGAGAGAGCUGGUGGAGGACCUACGCUCGGCACUGCAGGGCAGUGAUGCUCGCUGCCUGGCUCUGGAGGUGGCCCUUAGGAGAGAGCGCACCCGCAGCCUGGCAUCUUCCACCACCAUCAAGCCAAGGACGCCCACCUCCUCCUCCAUCAGCUUCAGUCAAGGCAAACUGGUGCCAACUCACAGGAUCAAGGGUGGGUCUGCUGGGGCAGCAGUCAGGAGACGAGAGGCCAGAGACCCACUGCUCAGAGAGCUGAAGCUGAUCCGAUCGUCCCGGGAUGGCCAGCUGCAAGAGGCCAUGAAGUUCAAUGAGCAGUUGGAGGAGGAGCUCCGCUGGGCCUAUGAAGAGGUACGCAAACUGCAGGCCCUGGAGUCAGCCCUCAGGAAGGAGAAUGCUCACAUUAGGCGGCGAGCAGAGGAGGCCCGUGAGGCACUGACUCUGGGGCUGGACAGAGUACGUCUGAUCCAGGAGCAGGCUUACAGUGUGCCACAACUACAGGCCAGGGUCAAGCACCUGGAAACAGAACUGCAACAGCACAGAUCCCACUGCAGCUGUCUGACCACCUCCACCCAGGACUGGACUCACCCAGUGGGUGCUGACAAUGCCAAGGUGGCAGAUGCAGAGUGUCUUCAGAGGGCUGUGGAGGGCAAAGCUGCCUCAGAUGAGGAGGAGGAGGACAGAGCUGCUGCAGAAGAGAGACAGCGCUGCCUGGUGGACAUGAAGAGGCAUUGCAGUCGAACGCGCAGCUGUGGGAAAGGAUGUCAGAGUUUGGACAGAGAGGCGAGCAUCUCCAAGGAUAGAGGGCGAUGGAGUGGAGCCAGUCUGAGCCAGGACAACAAGGAGGGCAAGGCACCAGACAAGACUUCUCACUCUGGAGACAAGAUGCAGAGGCAGGGGAUGUCUUUACUGGAGGAAAAGCUCACUGAUGCACUUACAUUACUGCUCCAAUUGCGCAAUAAGAACGUGUCCAGUCAAGCCUUGGGGAGAAUUGUCAUGGAUACUUUAGAGGCGUACAGCAGGACAGGAGGCCCAUCCCAGGUGCUGCAGGUAGCCGAAGCUCUGUGUGUGCGCUUGUCAUCCACUGAGCUCCAAACAGAGAGGGCAGAGGAUGCAGGAACAGAAAGGCUGCUCCCCCUAGUGGCCUCACACCAGAGCAACAGCAACAGCUCUCUUGUCAUCACAUGUUGACAUCUGCACUUUUUUUUUUUUUUUUUUUUUAACGGUACGUGAUAUUACUUUAAAAUAAGUGAUUUUUAGUAGACUAUUUACAUGGUAUUAGUAGGCAUUAGUAUUGUGUUAAUUAACAUUUGUAGAUGGCUUAUAAAUACCUCAGCUGCACAAUAAGUAAAAGUGUGUAUGCUUAUUAAGUCAUGUAUUUAGCAGUAAACUAUAUCAUAUGUAAAUGAGUUUUUUCACUGUGAACUGCAAAAUGGAUGAAGAUAGGGAGUAGGUGAAGAAUAAGCUUAUUGUGAGGGGAAAAUUAUAACAUGGCUAAAAGCUUGUAGUCAAAAUGUACACGUAAAUGUAUAAUAGAUCAGUAUGUUAGAUUAACUUUGUUGUCAAAGGAGGACCUGUGUCUGGUUAAGAUUUGGUACAAGUGUAUAAUGCUGUACCAAACCACUGAAGCAUGCUCUUUGUGAAUUUUGUUCACAGACAAUGGCAAUAAAAUUUAGCUGACUCCAGUAAAAGGGUUUGGGAUAGUUGUCGAUCAUUGGUGUAGAGUUUUUUUGUUUUUUUUCUAAUAUAUUUUUUAAAAAUAUGUUUUUUAAUGUGGAUUUUUAGUCCUCAUUAACAAAGGAACUUAUAAGCCAUCUAUAAAUGACUAUAGUGACUUAUAAAUGCUUGUAGACAUGUAAUGUUUAUGAAUAUCUUACAAAUGGCUUACGUAAGUCAGUUAUUCUAAAGCGUUAUCCAAAGAAAGUCUGAUGUGGUAUUUGGAGAAUUUUUUCAUAUCAUUUAUUCAGCAAAGAUUUUUUGCCAUCUGAAAUCAUUCUCCUGAACUGAAUUUUAGUACUUCCUAUUUGCUGCCAUG